CUCGCCAGAUGUAAGGUACGUCGAAGGUGCCACGUCAUUGGAAGGAAGGAAAUCUCUGGCGCGUCGUUAUAAAAGAAUUGCGGCGGAGGAUUUGGCUUCGACUCCAUUAUUAGUAUUUUCAGAGAGAGGAGCGAAUCUCGGAGAUGGCGAUCAAGGACCACCACCUUGCGUCGCACCACGGCGAUGCAUCAUCUCUCCCUCUGAUAAAAUCUCCACGUUCUGGAGAGACCGGCGGUGGAGAUAGAACAUCGGCUAUUCAGACGCUCGGGAACAUUAUCGUCUCCAUCGUCGGUACAGGCGUCCUUGGACUUCCUUACGCGUUCCGCAUAGCCGGAUGGUUCGCUGGAUCUCUCGGCGUCAUUAUCGUUGGAUUCGCCACCUAUUACUGCAUGCUCCUUCUCAUUCAAUGCAGAGACAAGCUAGAAGCAGAAGAAGGACAAGAAGAAUCGAAAACGUAUGGUGACUUGGGGUUCAAAUGCAUGGGAACAAAAGGUAGAUACCUAACAGAGUUCCUCAUAUUCACCGCUCAAUGCGGUGGAUCAGUAGCCUAUCUAGUCUUCAUAGGCCGGAACAUGUCCUCCAUCUUCGCAUCAUACGGUUUAAGCAUGGUCUCUUUCAUCUUGAUCCUGGUUCCGAUAGAAGUCGCGUUGUCAUGGAUCACCUCUCUAUCAGCUCUCUCGCCUUUCAGCAUCUUCGCUGAUAUAUGCAACAUCAUAGCCAUGUGUUUCGUUGUGAAAGAGAACGUGGAGAUGGUGAUCGGAGGAGACUUCUCGUUUGGUGACAGAACAGCUGUUUCGUCUAGUAUUGGAGGGUUACCGUUUGCUGGAGGUGUUGCUGUGUUUUGUUUUGAGGGUUUUGCGAUGACGUUGGCUCUUGAGAAUUCUAUGAAGGAUAGAGAAGCUUUCCCUAAGCUGUUGGCUAAAGUGCUUGCUGGGAUUACGUUUGUUUAUGUGUUGUUUGGGUUCUGUGGUUAUAUGGCUUAUGGAGAUGAAACUAAGGAUAUUAUUACACUCAACCUCCCAAAGAAUUGGUCUGCCAUUGCCGUGCAGAUUGGCUUAUGCGUGGGACUGACGUUUACGUUCCCGAUCAUGGUACAUCCGCUUAACGAGAUCAUAGAGCAGAAACUGAAAAGGAUAGAUUGGCUUCAAAAGCAUCAUCAUCAUGAGUACAGCAACGAAACAGGUUCGGUCUCUAAAUAUGUAAUAUUCACCACGAGAACGCUUUUGGUGGUAGGACUCGCAGCAAUAGCGUCAUUAGUCCCGGGGUUUGGUACGUUUGCAUCUCUGGUUGGAAGUACUCUGUGUGCACUCAUAUCAUUUGUGUUACCGGCUUCUUAUCACCUCACGCUGCUCGGUCCAUCGCUAAGUCUGUGGAACAAAUCAGUUGAUGUGUUCAUCGUGAUUUGCGGGUUGCUCUUUGCUGUCUAUGGUACAUACAAUACAAUCGUUGGAGUGUAACAAAGCGAAGUAAGCGAGUCUGUGUUUAAAGAACACGCCAACAGAAAGUUGGUCAGAGACUCAGACCAAGAACCAUUGUAUAGCUGUUUUACAUCAAUUUGAUAUCAGAAGAUAGUGGGAUUGGGAAAAUCCAAAUUGUUGUAUAAUAAUUACAGGUUUUAAAUGUUUGGCAAAAGCA